AUGCAUUAUGCAAAACCCGACUCCCUAGAUCCCAGCGCUGAUGACGCCACGACGGAAUCUUGCGACAGGUCGUCUCGCGUCAAACUUUGUGAUCUAGGAUUCCAUGUCCCUGAGCAUAUUAUUCCCGAUAUAAUUCCUAUUUCCGACCCAAAAUUACUCUUCUCAAACUACCAUGCUCAACGCGACCGCAGACUCCGCCAACUCAUCCGGCGUUAUACGAAUCAAAUCCAAUAUGGCUGCAGAAAUCUCAAUUGUAACACCCUGACCUGCCUGAGUUAUCGGAAAAGGAAUAGCACUGCCCCUUUGAGAAGACAUACGGAUCUCUCUGCUCGCACAUUGGCAUGUCAAUUGGUGGAUGAUUAUGCAAGAGCUGGGAAAGAUCCUGUGGUCGGCUUGUGCCAGAAUGAGCCUGUAGUGCCAUGGUAUGAGAAUCCUGCUGCUAUCAAGAAGACGAGGAACAGUCUAGAGAAAUCGGUUCAAUCUCACCAUAAUAGACUUCAUGAAAACGGGCCUCCCGUUCACGGUUCCACUUCAUCACAAGCGACGAAAGACCCUCCGCGGCAUGCACCCCUGGCUGAGCAUCCCGUGAGAAAGAACAGUCAUGAUGGCGUCAUUCUGGCUGGAAGGAUGCUGCGUAGUCUAGACUACAAGCGCCAGCAGCCCACUGUUCAAGCAACAGGGGACGUUGUGGGGAUCCUGAAUUCAACUUUGAAUCGAGACAGACAUUCUUCCAAAUCCAACGAAUUACCUCCGCCAGCAGCUCCACCUCCUGCCGAGAAGAAGGAUAUGGCAUCUUUCACUCAAAGUCUUUUUGACCUUAUGCCACUUCGACUACUCAAUUGGUUUCCGACCACAGAGAAUUCCGUUAAGCCAGACCCACCCGAAACAAAUGUAAUAGAAAAGGUGCAACCGGCUCAAGCACGAAACAGAAGCCCCAACCCUGACGCAGGUGAUCGCAAGCAGGGGCUUCCAUUGUCCUCGGAUCAACUAUUGGAUAAUUCUUCAGAAAAGAGGCAGCCUCAACCAUCCAAUCCUCCGGAUGCGACCAGAUUUACUCUUCGUACACUCACUUGGGACAGUGCAGUCUGGUUACGGGCUGCUGAAAGAGUUUUACCCAUUAAGGAUCCCGAAACCUAUGAGUCGAAUUUUGUGCCCUUCUUGAAACAAAGUCUGAACUAUUGUAUGAGCGAUCCAGAACGACUGGUCGCAACCGCCAGGGACUUUCAAGGAUCAUAUGCCCAUACCACACCGCCCCCAAACAAAACAAAUUCAGACCGCCUGGCCGAAGAGCGCGGCCCGGAAGAUCAACAUGGCUAUUCAACCCAUUCUGUUCCAAAACCAACAUUACAGAGUCUGGCGCUGAGGAUGUGGCCAUCCGUACUCACCCAGACAAAAUAUGACCUUGAAGGACUAUUGACGUCUCUGACUUUCCUUGAAAGCUUUGAACAGAGGGACUUGAUACUCAACAGCAUCUUUGAAGCUCUACAACAUUCGUACAUUCUCCCCUCAUGGCUGCUAAAAAGCAGACCAGGUAACCGGAGUAGAUCUACCAAUGGCAAUGGAGAACAGCUUAUCAAAUCUCGUGGAAAUCUCAAUCACGAUUUUCAAGAUCUGUUCUCGAACAACGGGAACAAAGGCGCUAUCUCCACCACGGAAUCGAGAGCUGGCGUCCCUUUAAAAGAUUUUCAGGUAUCUGAAGUCUGUCUGGUGGCACUACUAUCUUUGGCAGCCAUCAUCUUCGACGGAGGUAACUUACAGUACUGGGCCCACGGCUUAACUUUUGCCCGCUUCAGAACUCUCAGAAACAGUGGGCUUGCUCAUUCUCACUGGCCUCCUUUUACCGACCCCAAUGAGCCUGAAGACAAUAAGCGAGCGCUAAGAUUCGUCGGGAUCAUGAUACAGGCGAUCGAUGUAUGUGAAGAUUGGUCUGUGCUUCGAUUGCUGAACGGUAUCAUGGACGUCAUCAGCCAUCGAUUAGCAGUGGCUAAAUGGGCAUCAACAUUGAAGAGCUCAAAGAGUAUAAAGGAGAACAAAAAAACCAUUGUUGAUCUCCUCAUUAACCGAUUCGACCGCAAUUCCCUGAAACUCCACGACGAGGAUGCUCUCAACCCGAGCUGGAUCGGAACAGCUGUUGUGGAAUUAGCACGAACAGUUAUGCUGAAAACCUGGGAUCGCAAGCCUGUGGUUCAGCGUGCCGGUCCAGUGGGAGGUGCUUUGGAGCUAUUGGCUGGAAUAUACAGGGAAAGGAAAAUGUUACACCUCGAUUCCGAAUUGUUUACAAUGCCUUUCAUCGCGGACACAUUCGAUGAUAUAUCUAUGCCUUCCGAAUGGUUGUCUUUUCGUGCCGACAACCGACAAAUACAUUUGUUGUCAUUCUCAUUCCUGUUUGAAGCCGCCACAUUGGUAAGAUAUUUUCGAGCCAUCAAUAUUGAAAUUAUGCGAAAGUCUCAUGAGAAUGCUGCUCUUGUAUUCAAUGAUGCUCGACAUUUCAUGUGGAUUCCCAUGAUUCCAGUCUAUGGCGCCAAAGAAGUCUUAGCGCGGCUACGUCCACAUAUGGCAAAGUACUUCAUCCUCACCGUCCGGAGAGAUGAUAUCUUGAACGAUGCGAUCAAUCAGAUCUGGAGACGCGAACCUCAAGAGCUGAUGCGACCAUUACGUGUACGUCUUGGAAAAGAUGAGGGUGAAGAUGGUCUCGACCAUGGUGGAGUACAACAGGAAUUUUUCCGGGUUGUGUUUGCCGAGGCAUUGAAACCAGACUACGGCAUGUUUGCAAUCGACAGCACAACAAGAAUGACAUGGUUUCAGCCGGGUUCUUUCGAGCCUCUGUAUCGGUUUGAAGCUCUGGGCAUUCUGAUGUCACUUGCUGUUUAUAAUGGACUCACUUUGCCGGUCACGUUUCCAAUUGCUUUCUACAGAAAGCUUUUGGACCUGAAGGUGAAAAAACUCGAGCACAUCGUCGAUGGCUGGCCAGACUUGAGCAGGGGUCUUCAAACUCUUCUUGACUGGACAGAAGGUGAUGUGGGCGAUGUAAUUGCUCGAACCUAUGAAUUCAGCUAUGAACUCUGCGGCAGCACCGUCACUGUCGACAUAUAUAAAGUCGGUCGCGACGACCCUUGGCCGCCGCGAAUGCCCAAAAGUAGCAGGAAAGGGAAGGAACGUGCCAAAUCAACGUCUUUCGACCUUCCGCUCGAACCCGCUGAACUUACACCACCAAUUCAACCAUCACCAGACCUCCAACCCGCACUCACGCCCUCACUGCUCUUUCCAGCUUUGAGUCGGACAUCAUCCAUCAGCCUCAAAGGGGUUACAACGCCUAUCAGCAUGUCCGACUCUGACAUACUUCUCGAAUCCUCCACUACCGAGGCUCCACUCGUCACCAACGAAAACCGCGUUCAGUACGUCAAAGACUACAUUCUUUGGCUGACCCACAAAUCCAUUUCAGAACAAUACGAAGCCUUUGCGCGCGGCUUCUACACCUGCCUCGACCGCACGGCCUUGUCAAUUUUUACCCCAGAAGCCCUAAAAUUCGUCAUCGAGGGCCACCCGGAGAUCGAAAUCGACGAGCUCGAGCGCGUCACCACUUACGAUGACUACACACGCGAGUCCCAGACCAUCAUCGAUUUCUGGCAGGUCGUCCGCAACAUGAGCCCCGACCAGCACCGGCAGUUGCUCGAGUUCGUCACCGCCAGUGAUCGCGUCCCCGUUAACGGCAUGAGCAGCGUCGUCUUCAUCGUCCAAAAGAACGGUGAUGAGGAUACCAGGCUACCUAGUAGCAGUACCUGCUAUGGGAGGCUUCUUUUGCCUCAAUACUCUUCUCGCGAAAUUCUCAAAGAGAAGCUAUCCAAGGCUAUUGAGAAUUGUAUCGGUUUUGGAACGCUUUGA